AUGCAGCAACAGCAACCGCGCGAUCAACAUGCCGGCUUGGCGUAUCCGCCGCUCGCGCAACAUCCUGCGCCCGCCUACUUUGCCUAUCUUCCGUCACCCUCACGAUGGACAUUCACGCAGGGCUUCAUUGCAGGCCAGAUUUCCAUGGUCAUUGUUGCUCUCCUUCUUAUACGCUAUGUCAUCUUCGAGGACUCAGCUACCGCGCUAGAGAAAGAUCGUCUCAUGCGUCUCAAGAUCUCUGAGCGUCGUUCCAAGCGUCAUGCCAAAGCACUGCUUCAAGGUGCCCGCAGAGCCAAUGGUGGAGCAACAACUGCUUCCUCUUCAGCGGCUGCAAAUCCUAUGCGCAGGUCGAAUCGCAUCUCGUCCGACUCGAAAGCUUCCAUGUUUGCUAAUAUCCUUGACAAGACUGCCUACGACCUAUCAUCACACCUACCAGAGACCACCGAUUGGCUCAACGUCAUGUUUGCCCAAGCCAUCGCAGGCUACCGCGAGGAUGUGCUGGCUGGCGGCGUCUCCUCUCAUCCUCCUUCUCGUUCCCACAACCAUCACACUGCGUCGCGUCACGCUUUCGGCUCGGAUGCCGACCAUAACCCGCACCAUCUCGAGCCAGAAAAGGAGAGGACUGCGCGUGACCUCAUGGAGGAGAUCCUCAACCGUGCCUCGUCCUCCUUCCUCGACCCCAUCCGUGUCACUGAGGCCGACUUUGGCGACGCAUACCCCAUCUUCACCAAUGCACGCGUUCGCCCCGCAGAUGAUACUGGUCGAACACGCAUCGAGAUUGACGUCGACUACUCGGACCAGAUCACCCUUGCCAUCGAUACAAAGCUUCUCAUCAACUUUCCCAAGCCCAGAUUCGCCGUCCUGCCCGUCUCGCUCAGCCUGACCAUCGCACGCUUCUCGGGAACGUUGGCCGUUGAACUCUUCUCGUCCGACCCAAACGCCACUGUUCUUCCUACGGCGGCACCGAAUCUCGCUUCCAACCCGUCGAGCGCAAAGCCAGCGCAGCUGCCCACUCCGCCACGCUCUCGCCAUCAACUCCAUUUCUCGCUUCAUCCCGACUUCGCACUCGAGGCCUCGGCUUCGAGCUUGCUCGGCUCCAGAGCAAAGCUGCAAGACAUUCCCAAGAUUGAACAGCUGCUCAUCUCGCGCCUGCGUGGCUGGAUCAUGGACCGAUUUGUCUGGCCCCGAUACUGGAGCCUCACCCUUCCCAACUUGGUCCCUUCGCCCUCGGCUGCCCGGAACGCGGAUCCGACUCACGGCACAACGGAUGCAGCUGUACCAGCCUCUGUCGAUUCAGCCGGCGGCGGCGGUCCAGGUCAGAUGAAUGUCGGCACAGGGAUCGAGAGAACGGACGACUCGAUCAUUCAGCCCGGUCACCACGAGUCAGCGCGGCAGGAGAUGCUGCAUGCUUCCUCGGAUCGAGCCAGCCAUGUACCGCCACGGCCGCCUCAUUCUCGCUCUUCGUCAUCCGCCUUGGGCAACGCGAUGCGCACAGGCAGCGGCAUGGGCAGCGUCGAAGCAUGGAGGGCGCACACAGCGGGGGUAUACGGCCAUGCGCCUCAGCAGCAUGCGGCCAGUCUUACUCAGGCGGCUUUGUUGCGUGCCAAUAGCGGCAGCGGUGGCGGGGCCACUGACAGUGCUACUGGCUCCGACAUUCACAUUGAAGUGCCCGGCAGUUUCCGCGGCUCGGUAGCAGGAGCGGGCAUCGGGCUGGCCUCGUCCUCCGCCGCCGCCUCGUCUCUGCCCAACGGCGCGCAUCAUUCGUCGUCUGGGAUACGCAAUCGGCCAGGAUUUGUUCAAUGA